CAUGUUUCUGUUUAUAACUUGAAUACAGCGACAUUCAUUGAUGAUUUCUGCCUCGAUUCGUGUUUUCCAAUCACAAAUAAUGAACUUUAUGAUUUGCUGUGUGGUUGUCAGCUGAAAUAACUAGAAAUUAUGAGUAAAAGCGGUGAAAAAACUGAGGACACAGUUGACAGUCAUGUUUUUAACUACGAAGACGAUUUUGCGUAUGAAGAUUUUGGAGAUGAAUCGAUUCCAGAGCCCUUCCUCUUUCCACCGGAAUUGAACAGUCACUUGAAAACUAAAAUUCGUGUAAACUCUAUUACUCAAAACAGAGUCAUCUCGCAGGAUUUGACAUUAGAGAAUAGCUCUCUGCGUCAAACUCUGCAGGGGACUGAGGGAAAAUUGCUUGAAAAGAAGAACAGUCAUGAAGACAGACCAAAAACUCCUGCUAAUGAUUCCUCGAAGGACGAGGAGAUGAAGGCCCUCCAGGAGAGGCUCAAUCAAGCAAACUCCAAGUACUACAAGUGUCAGAAUGCCUGUUUGACAUUGCGCCAGGAAUUACACAAAGCCCAGAAGCUGCUCUGCAGCGAAGUCGGAGAGAACGUGACCAUAACUGGUCUCCUCAAUCAUCCCGGAGGAUGGAAAGGAAGGGCUGAGCAGAUUCAGCAUCUCCAGCAGAAGAUUUCAGACCUCCAGCACAAAUUAAGUGAUUCUGAAAAAUCUUCGCGAGGCUCCUCAAUUUCUCUGGAACUGAGAAGUUCAUAUCGCACGAAAAGCGUCGAAAGGGACAGAAAAACACAAGUGGAGCACUUGGGAAAGGAGUUGCGACAAGCGGAAACAGCUCUCGAGGGUAACAGGCGAAAAUUGGAAGCUGCUAGAGCCAGAAUAAAAGUUCUGGAGAACGAACUAUCCGAUUCUAAGCGAACUAUUAUCAUCUUAAACGACAGAAAAGCGCACGAUGAUCAAUUAAUACAAGCGUUGAACGGCCAGCUAAGAGCAGUGGAGGACAGAUACAAAGAAAGAAAUGGAGAUUCAAAAAAAAGAAUGGAAAAAAUAACCCAGGAAUGUUCAAAUUUGAAGAACGAGUUGCAUUCUGCGAGGCUCCUGACGGAACAACUACGCAAGAAGCUCUCAGAGCGCGAAACCGAAAUUUAUACCCUCAGAUCGGGUGCAGUGAGUUCUAUUAGCACGAAUUCUCGGGAUUUACCCGACGAUUUUUGCGAGCCGUCUCCAUUAGACAGUGACAGAGGCUACCAGGACCCCAAUGAAUACGUUGUCCUGGGGGUAGCUGCUGAGGCGGAGAGGGAGAGACUCAUGGACGUAGUGGCAGCCUUGAACCGUCGCCUGGAUAAGGAAAGGGCAGAUACUGAUCACGUCUCCGAAUUACUGCGACGAGAGAGAACUAAAGUCGUCAGAUUGGAAAAUAGGCUCCAGAAAAUUGAGGCUGAAGCGAUGACGAGACCUAGGGUAAACUCCGGAUACAGAGCGAGAACAUCGAAAUCCCUGACGCCGUUUAAGAAUGAAUUGAAUGACGAUCAAUUUAAAUUCAAAUUAGAGCUUCUCGAAGAAGAAAACUUGGCAGUUAAAGCUCGUCUAGCAACCCUGCAGCAAGAAAAAAUAGAGGAUCUAUCAACGUACAAACAACUCCUCGAAAACACCAAAAAGAUCUUUCACGAAUCUCUCAGGGGGAAGAUAAGCACAGCGCAUUCAACUUUAACUGUCUGAAGUUAAAAAACGGACUGUGCAAGGUAACCGAGAGGGAAAAUCCAGGGAAUGGGCCGAAGGAAUUGAUCGCAAGUGAAGCUCUUUCUUCUCAUCAAUUCUCAGACCUAAACUUCAUCUCUAUAUUUUUUUCUCCAUAUUCUAAUGCCCAAAUGAUGGGUGAAGUUCUCCAUAUGUGAGACAUUCCCAACGUCUCGAUGAUUUUAUUUUAUAUAACGUGGUUACUCAACCACGUUUGCACCCUUAUCUCGUGGCUCCCGUGUUGUAAAUUCAUCUGAGAUUCAGAAA